AUGAAGGAGAAGUUCUGGGAUUAGAAACUAAAUAUGGACAACAAAGAUGGACGGCUGUGUUGACGAACAAAAUGCUUACUUUUACCUUUUUGCUUCUCUUGGGAAUACACCGCUCUGCAGCUGUGACCCACUCCCAGAAAUAUAUCCACACUGGAUCGUCUCAAGUCCAAAACUUCCCAGAGUUUGUACUUGUUGGUUUGGUUGAUGACGUCCAGUUCAUUUACUACGACAGCAACACCCAGAAAUGUGAGCCCAAACAGGACUGGAUGGAGAAGAACGCUGAUGAGCAGUAUUGGCAGGGGGAGAAUGGAAAAGCUAUGACUCACCAGCAGGGAUUCAAAGCUGAAAUCGAAACUCUAAAGCAGCGCUUCAACCAAACUGGAGGUGUCCACAUUUACCAGGAGAUGUACGGCUGUGAGUGGGACAAUGAGACUGGACAGGUUACUGGCUAUCGACAGUUUGGCUAUGAUGGGGAAGACUGGUUAAUGUGGGACAUGGAGACAAACACAUGGAUCGCUCCAAAACAACAAGCUGAAAUUACUAAAAACAAAUGGAACAAUAACAAAGCUCACCUGGAGUCCUUUAAGGACUACAUCAACCACAUUUGUCCUUGGUUUGUGAGGAAGCAUGUCGGCUAUGGGAGGAGCUCUCUGAUAAGGACAGAUCUUCCAUCAGUUUCCUUUCUCCAGAAGACUUUCUCCUCUCCAGUCAGCUGCCACGCUACAGGUUUCUACCCGAACAGAGCUGAGAUGUUCUGGAGGAAAGAUGGAGAAGAGGUUUAUGAUGGUGUGGACAAAGGAGAGAUCCUCCCUAACAAUGAUGAGACCUUCCAGAUGAGUGUGGACAUAGAUCUGUCCUCUGUUGCAGCUGAAGACUGGACCAAGUAUGAAUGUGUGUUUCAGCUCUCUGGAGUCAAAGAAGACGUCACCCACAGACUGGAGAAAACAAGGAUCUUGACCAAUGAAUCAAAUACCAUCAAUGUGAUCAUCCCUGUUGUUGCUGUGGUUCUCCUUGGUCUCAUUGGUCUGGUUGGAUUCAUUAUUUACAAGAAGAAGAAGAAGAACGUGUGCCGUUCUCCUCCUCCUGUGGAGAACGCUCAGGCCCCAGAGGAAACCCAGUUUCUUCCAGAACCAUGAAGAAACAGAACCAGGAUGACACAAAGAAGUGAGUUGCUGAAUGUUGAGCAAAGACGUUUUUAAUAAACAUAAGACCUGAAUGUAACAUUUUAUCUCGCUUCAUAUUGUCUCUGGUUUUCUGGGUCUUCUUAUAUAUAAAUAAAUUACUAAUGAAUGAUGUUACACAUGUAGAUUUACAUAAACAGACUAAUUUUAUACAUUAAUCUGCAUUGGAAAUGUAUUGUUAGAAUGAUGUGUUUUAUUCUUUUGGAUUAAAAUAUUUGUAUGACGGUAAAUAAAACCUUGAAAAUAAAUUAGUAUUACAUGGAAGAUAAAACAGUGUGAGAUAGUUAGUGUAACAGUAAGUUGUGUUUAUGUGUUAAACUGUUCUGAUCCAAUCAACUACUGAUACAUUAAUCCCUCUAGCCGUCAGAUAUUCAUAACAACUGUUUAAAUUCCUUUAUAAAUGUUUUUUGAGGGUAAAUUUAAUAUUUCCUGUUAAAACA